UACGGUAUAUUGUUGAAACAUUUCAGUUGAAUCAAGAUGACGAACACGAAGGGCUACCGCCGUGGCACACGGUACAUGUUCUCACGAGCCUUCAGGAAGAAGGGUGUUAUUCCUCUUUCUACUUACAUGAAAGUCUACAAACGUGGCGACAUCGUUGACAUUAAGGGCAAUGGCGCUGUUCAGAAAGGUAUGCCCUUCAAGGACUACCAUGGAAAGACUGGGCGUGUGUUCAACGUCACCCAGCACGCAGUUGGUGUGAUUGUCAACAAACAGGUUGGAAACCGCAUUCUGCCGAAGCGUGUGAAUCUCCGUGUAGAGCAUGUGAAGCACUCCAACUGCAGACUGGACUUCCUCAAGCGCGUCAAGUCCAACAGUGAGAAACUGAAGGAGUCCAAGGCUUCUGGCACAUUCACCAACCUCAAGAGACAGCCCGUUGGUAGAAGGACAGCCCAUAUUGUGAGGACAAAGUUGAACAAGCCUCAGGUCCUCCGACCCAUCCCGUACGAGUUCAUUGCCUAAAGUGUACAUAAUGAAAAUAAAGAGAAAAAAAACGAAGUGUUUACUUAUAUGAUCAGUUAAUG